AUGGAAUACUUGUCAUGGAAGCAAAUGGGUGAAUUGCAGGCACACCUGGCAGGAUGCCGGUGCUGUGCCAUAAAAUUAAAACCUGGUGGUGGCCUUAUCUGCGGUGAAACCACUGGCGUGACUCGUGUCGAUGAUGGUAAAGUCGAUAGGGAAAGAGGUGUUGCCGCUGUGGAUGCUACAGAACUGUGCGACUCUUGUACAGUUGGAGAGGUUGAUGAAGUUAAACGGCGUCGUUUUGUUGUCGGUGGUCCGUCAGAGGUGGAUUCAGUGCUAGAUGGUGAUGGAGCUCUUGAAGAAGUGGAGUUUGCAUCAGAAAGGUCUUUGGAUUGA